AUGUGGCUGUUGGAGAAAGCUGGCUACAGGGUGGGGACCGCGGAGUCCGGGGCCCGGUGGGCGCCCUGCAGCCUGUUCCGUAAACGCCGCGUCCCGGGCCCGACCGCACGCCCUUGCCCCAACGUCCUCACCCCCGAUCGCAUCCCGCAAUUCUUCAUCCCACCUCGGCUCCCGGACUCCGGCGGCGCCGAACCCCAACCUGGGCGCGAGGCGGGCGGGCGCGGCCUCCGGGUGGCCUGCUCGCUGCCUCACCUGGCAGGGCGCGAAGGCUGGGCCUUCCUGCCGGAAAGCCCGCACACGCGCCGGCGCGAGUCCCUGUUCCACUCGCCGCAGCCCGCCUCCGCUGAGAGCCUUCUCCCGGCGCGGGACCGGCUGCACGUCUCCGCCCCGGACCUGCGCCUCUGCUGGGCCCCCGACAGCGACACGGCCUCGUCGGCGGAAUCGUCGCCCUUCGGCUCUCCGCGGCCUGGCCCCGGCCAGGCCCGGCUGCCCAGGCCUCACUCGCUGUCCCCGGAGGAGGCGAGCUCGGCCGACACCAGCCCGUACACGCCGCGCCGCGCGGAACCACCCCCGCCGCCGCUCUUCCACCUGGACUUCUUGUGCUGCCAGCUGCGGCCGACCAAGGAGAGCGUGCUGCGCCUCGGGCCCCGCGGCGGGCAGCUGCGGCUCUCCGCCGAGUACCAGGCCGGGCCCGGUCAACUGCGGCUGCGCCUUGUCAGCGCCGAGGGUCUGCCCCGCUCGCGGGCCGGCCCCGGGAGCGGCGGCGGCUGCUUCGUGGUGCUAGGGCUGCGGCCGCGCGUCCGGCCGCGGGGCCAGCGGAGCCGCGUGGUCAGAUGCAGCACCAACCCCAUCUUCAACGAGGACUUCUUCUUCGACGGGCUCGGCCCGCCAGACCUGGCCGCCCGCAGUCUGAGGGCCAAGGUGCUGGAAAGGGGCGCAGGGUUGCGCAGGGAUGUGCUCCUGGGGGAGUGUGAGACGCCCCUUAUUGCCCUGCUGCCCCCCUUGGGUGGGGGGCUAGGUCCAGGGGCCUCCCUGGCACCUGCGCAUUUCAGCCUGUAGACCGAGACUGUCUCUUCCUCAGGCUCUGCAGUUCCCAUUCCUUACAUC